AAUGAAUAUAGCAGAAACUGAUAAAGCAUCAAUUUCAGUUGUGUUUGAUCACAUACAUGAACCUGCUUCAUGUCAAACACUCCUGAAAUCUAAUACAACUAGUUCUUCUAUUGAAAUGGCUAAUACUGCUGCUGCUACUGCAGGACAGACUACAAAAGUUGAAACCGAGAACAAUCCUCUGCGAAGAUCUUUGCUAAAAUGUCACUUAAAUGGUAAAGUAUAUUAUGGUCUAACCGCAAUGAUUCUUGGACUUGUAAUUAUGAUUGUUAUUAUUUAUACAAGUCAUUAUCACAAGAAUAGGAUGCUAAAAAGCUUAUGA